UUAUGGUAACUAUUUUAUUUUAGUGAGUUUACAGUGGUAUUGUAUGCUAACUACGUUUUUUAUACUCUUAUGGUACUUACACUAACUAAGUUAACAUUCUUAUGUUACCUGUUGUGUCACUAAUAGCAAAACUGUAGUAACUAUGGUAUAACCAAUGAUUUGUGGUUUAGUAAGUGUAGCAUCUCUGAAUAGAUGACAGUGUGUCUGUGGAUUGUUUUGUAGGUCAUACAGCUCUGUUGUUAGACCUUUUGUUCAGGACACUGUUUCAUUUUUGGCUCUUCGAGAGGGAGUGAGUAAGUGGGGGAGUGAUAGAGCACAGACGCUGCUAAAAGAGAGCAUGGCUUGUUUGUUAGUACAUCAUGAGCACUCAUGUUUCUACAUUUCACAAGCUAGUUUGGGAUUACGACAGACAGAUGAGACUGAGACGGUGAGGCCUCGGAACUGUGGUAGAAAAGUGAUCAGCCAGACGCACCCCAUGGACGCAGCACCCAGUUUGCAAACGUAGGCUCUUACAACCUUUGAAACCAUAAAACCAUAAACACAGAAAUGGAAAACCUAACGGCGGACUCAAACGAGGCUUUGCCACUAAAAUGCAACAUGACCGGCAGCCACAAAUUCAUCUUCACCUUUGUACCAGUCGUCUACGCUUUCAACUUCGUAAUUGGGAUGGUGGGUAACAGCAUGGUGGUGACUGUGAUCUACCGCUACAUGAAGCUGAAGACUGUAGCCAACGUGUUUGUACUCAAUUUGGCUGUAUCAGAUCUCACCUUCCUUGUCACUCUGCCCAUGUGGGCCACGUUCACUGCCUUGGGCUACCACUGGCCAUUUGGAAGUUUCCUAUGCAAGGCCAGCGCAGGCCUGGUUAUCUUCAACCUCUACACCAGUAUAUUCUUCCUGACGGCGCUCAGUGUGGAUCGAUACUUGGCCAUCGUUCACCCAAUGGGCUCCCGGCAGCGGCGUACGCUGCUCUAUGCCCGAAUUACCUGCGUGCUAGUGUGGGUAUUUGCCUUUGUUCUGAGCAUGCCUACUGCUCUAAGCAGGGACAUCUACAGGGUCAAGGAUCAUCCCUCCACACUCUGUGGAAUCUUGCAAAGUAACAAGCAGAUGCAUCUUCUGGUGUCUCUCAGCAUCCUUAAGAGUGUUCUAGGGUUUCUUGUGCCCUUCCUCAUCAUCAUCACCUGUGAUUGCCUGAUGGGUUGCGCCCUGCUGAAAGCCAAAGGUUUGCUGAGGAAGAGUGCACGUUCUCGGGAAGACGAGACUCUGCGUAUGUUAGCUGCCGCUGUCCUGGCCUUCUUCGUAUGCUGGGCUCCUCACCAGCUCUUCCACUUCAUGGAGCUUCUGGCAAUGCUGGGGGUGGUGAAAGACUGCCAUGUUCUGGAUGUCAUCGACACGGCCAUGCCCUUCAGCAUAUGCCUGGCUUACUUUAACAGUUGCGUCAACCCCAUUCUCUAUGGCUUCGUGGGCCACAACUUUCGCAAGAACCUCCUGAGGCUGCUGCACUGUGAGUCAAGUCCUGUUAUGAGAAACUCCAGUAUCAGCACCAAGAUGACUGCUCUGUCCACCAGAGCUUCUCAAGUGCUACGUCUGUCUAGUAAGAAAGAUUCUGAGUAUAAUUCUAACACAGUGGAAGAGCCAAAGACCUAGCACAAUCAGACCACUGGGAAGAUCAUCUUUCUUGUUUCAUCUCAAUUGCAUUUGGAAGGUCUUUGAGUUCAAAGUUCAUCAAACUAUUAAGACAUAUUUUAGCAUAAAAGUUACAAGAAAACUGUAACUGAUUCAUUUCAAUUGAAGUGUAGGUUUUUCCAUCCCGCUUCAAUACAGAAAUGAGAAACAAUCAGGAACAUGCCUUGGGGAACGAAUGGAAGUCUUUAUUGAACGUUAAUAGUAUUACACUGUGGGCCAAAUGUACUGAGUUGUUUGUGCCUGGUUUUAGGUGUCCAUGUUCUGCAGCAAAACUUUGCUAGUUAUAUAUGAAACUGGAGUAUGAGUCUCUUCAUGCACUUUUAAGCACCAUGCACACUGGCAAAGUGCUUUCAAAGUGCUUUUCUCUCAUAUACAUUCAUGCAAAAAAAAUUGUGAGAAAUGGAAAAUGGUUCGAUGUACUAUGCUUUGGGCAGUUAUCAGAGGCCAGUUUUGUGUGUGAUUUUUCCAAAACCAGGUGUAAAUUAGGGCAAUGCUAAUGGGCAAUACUCAGUGUUGCCAGGUGCAUGGUUUUCCUGCAAGACUGAACUGCCAGUAUAUGUAACAAAUUAUUAAAUAAUACGACAUUUAGGAUCACAUGGGAUCCUGGUGGAAAAAAAAAAAAAAUUAGGGAAAGUAGACUUUUCCAUAAAGCUUGCCUAUUGCGACUCUUUUAUCAUAUCUGGCAACCCUGGUCACAGCACAUAAGUCGCACACAUCAGGUUUCCUAAGAAAUUCAAGACAUUAAACAGGGCUUUGAUGACAUAUCCACCUUUCUAAAUGUUAUGACAUUCUAAAUGUUAUUUUAUGACAUCUUCACCUUUCUAUAUGUAGGUGCGGUUGCCUGCAAGAAAAAAGGAUUACAGUUUAAUUACACACUUAUAUGAAGUUUAUUCUGCUUGCAGCAUGAUGAGCUACAGCUUUAAUUAAUUGAACAUUAAUUUCAACAUCCCUUUUUUUUGACUUGAGCUCAUCUAGCUCACUCCAGUCAUACUCAUAACCUCUUACACAUUCCUUGAACUGUGUUCAUAACAACACUGUUUUCAUAACAACGGAGAUAGUUAAGACCAGAUAAAGAUAAACGAUAAAAGACGUAAGAACCUAAAAUCACCUAAAUGAACCUUCCUGCACUCUCUAACACGUACAUUAAAAGAACUGUCAUGCAUUCCAGUAGAUUCUCUUCUAUUUUUAAUGCAAGGUUAGGCAUAUACUGCCAAAUGCCACUCUAUCAGUGUUAUUACUAAUCAAAUUUGGCAAGCCUGUUGGGAAAAUUAAUGUUUGCAACAUCCAAAGACUAUUUCACGUUCUAGAUAUGUAAGCAAGCAGUCGCCUAGGGCAACUUCUCAAACGAUUUACAGUCAGGGACCGCUUUUACAAACAAACUAUUCAAAAUAUUUAGACACAUUAUUUAAAAGGGUACAAUAAUAUUUAAGAGCCAGAGAGUUUAAAUUUCCACCCAUAUGUCCCAAUUUGAUCAAAAUUAUCACUAAAUUCUAUUGGACAUGAUUCAUAGGCAUAAUAAGGUUCACAAUUGUGGGUUGUGGUUGAAAAAAAAAAUGAGAAAAUCGCAGACCCUCUGGCUAUACUUCACAAACCCCAUUUUGAGAACCAUGGGCCUAGAGUGUUUCCUGAGUUCUCAUAAAAAGAUCGCAAAUUUAUUUAGGUUAUAUUAGCUUUCUUGCUUGGACCUAUUCAAAAAUCUAUUUUAGCAUUUUAAACACCAAAUGGACAGCCUGUAUUUUCUUUUGUUUCUUUAAAGCUUUUUGGAGCUCUAGUUCCAAAAUCUUUGGGGUCAUUUUUGUUAACUUGUUGACUCCACCUCCAUCCAUUACUCCUUCCAAGAACAUACAGAAGCCAGCAGAGUUCAUCCACCUUAUUUCAAUAGCUAGCUAACCUUCCAUCAUUCAACUAUGACAAAUUUAGCUACAAACAAACAAAAUAACCUACUGACUUGUUGAGCAUCAUAUUUUCAAUGAACAGGCCUAUUCGGCAUGUCAAUGAAUACCAUGAACCUCGACCUCAUAAGUGACAGCAAAAUUGGGCCAGAAAUUGUUAGCUAUGAGGGCGAGUCCAAUGAAAACCUUAAAAGUAAGGGAAACAGUACAUAAAUUUGAAAUUGUUAAGCAAAAAUACUCAUCUAUUGUUUUCAGUAGCCCCUUCUACUGCUACAUUAAACCUGAUACACUUUUGUGACACAUAUUUACAACAAACAUAAUAAAAUUCUUAAAAAAUGAGGUUUUAAUUUGACUCACCCAUGUAUAAACAAGCGGAAUAGUGACAUGACAAAUAAUUUUUUUGACCUGCUGUUAUAUAUCCAAAUAGUUGACGAGUUUGUAAUAUGAGCUUAAUUACUGUCUGUCCAGAAGAAGAAAUUUGUCUAUUUCAAUGUCCAUCUUCAUUCCCUUCACAGUCAGUCAGUUUCUCCACAAUGAUGUCAUAGCACAUAAAAAUAUCUUGAAUAUAGUCAAAUGAAUCUAGUAUUUCCUAUUAUAAGAUUAUAAUAUGUCAAAUAUAAGAUUAUUAAGCCAAUUUACUAGACCUUUUGUACUAAUUUCAAGGUUGGAAUUGUCUUGUUCUAAGGCAGAUCGUGUUUCUACUUGUAAGCAUUUACUGUAUUUCUAGAAAGAUCAUAUGAAUAAUUUUAUAUUUGAUUCAGAAUAUUUUACUAGCUAUCUUUUUUUUCAGUUGCAUCUUGGAAUAGCAACUCCCUUGUUUUAGUUCUUUUUUUUCUAGAGAUCAUGUUUUGUCCCCCAAAGCGGUAUCAUCUGGCGGUGCUGCACUGGAUUCUGCUAUGUUAGCAUUUUUAAUCAGUGAAGAUGAGGACGUCUAUAACUGACAGGAGGGAUGUAAAAACAACCAAAGGGUCUGGCAGUAAAGUGUGUUUUUUCAGGCUUUUUUUUCUCAGGCGUACAAUACACUUGCUUUAAUCAUUUAGAUUGAAUAAUUAUAAAAUUCCACUCAGUGUUUAUUUUUAUUAUUAUACCUUGCAAGAUAAUGAAAAGCUUUUCUCACUGUUUUCUAUGGUGCAAGCAAACACAACAGUACAGCUUAAGAAACAGGACAGUGCAGAUGUAACCUAAAGGUAGUGUGCGGUAAUACACACUUUAAAAAGAUGUUAUAACAAGCUAUAAGCUUUCCAAAGGAGGUAGAGGUAGUGCAAUAGUUUGCAGUAAUAUCUGUUUUAACUUGAGAAUAAUGAUGUGAUGAUCAAUUUUAAUAGGUUAUACUCAAUUCAGCUAAAGAAAACAUGGAAGAUAUAUUUUAAUUGCAAUACCAAAUUUCCUCUGGUCAAUAUUUUCAUUGUUCUUAACAUGCAACUAUCUGAAGAAAUUAAUUAAACAUACAGUUAUGCAUAGAUCUACAGCCUAGCUUUAGGGAUCUUCAGGAGAUCUCAUGCCAGGACAAGAUUAAAAAUAAUUCCAGUCUGAAUACCCAGUCUUUAUUAAUCAUGAUGCUUGACUUGUAUAUAGAUGCAUAAUAGUAAAAGAUUUUGAAAAAGAUUUUUUCACACACACACACACACACACACACACAGAUUCUAGGAUCUGAAAUAUUCAUAGUAUUACAAAUCCAAAAAGGUCAUUUCAGGUCAAGAAUCUCAUCAUGUAGAAGAAACUGAACAUGUAGACAUAUCGCAGUGAAACAUCCUCGGAUUUUGAUCGAUUCACUUAAUAUAUUCACCUACUGUAGAGCGUGUAUUUAAGACUGCUGACCUGUUAUCUUUCUCAUACUAGUAAAAUUGUGAUGUGAGUUAGAGACUGUUGUGACUGUAGAUAGUUUUUGGUGGUACAUCUGAUUGUUUUAGUAGUGCUUACAUAUUUAUCAUACGUGUAAAUAGUUUAAUAUUUGUAUUUGUAUUUGAAAUAUGCCAUAUUAGUAGCUUGUAGAUUUUUAUAUCUCUGUUUCAGUCAUUAAAUGGAUUAUUGUGAUGAUGAAUAUGCUUAAUGACAUUAGUUGUCAUUAGUUGUCACUGUGUGGCAGGCUGAGAAAACUGUACACUUGGUGAAAUUUUGACAUUUUUUACUAUAGUUCUGAAUACUACAGACUUUCCUGAACUUAAAUGUGUUUGUCUUUUGCAUGUACUGUAUCUCACCCACAGGUGAAGUUCUAUCAAGUGAAAAAGGAGACAAUUGCAUUUAAAGAUUUCGUUCCAUGUUUUUGAUUACAAACUGAUUUAUGCACUUAUCCAACAAAGCACUGUGUGAGGACAUUGAGCUUAGCUAGCAAGACUGACUGUUUGUCCCACCAUUGGCUCUUUACCCAACAUGAUCUUAGCAAGAAGAUGCCAAGGCAAGGUUUAAAAUUUUUUAAAAAUAAAAAUAUUUCUUUGCCAUUUCUGGAAAUAUGUCAGUGAUUUCUACAAUCUGAAAAGUCAAAGUAUGCUACAGUCAAAAACAGGCAGUUUUUUGGGUUUUUUUUUUUUGGAAAAAUCAGUCAUGUUUUCCCAGACUCACACAUUUAAACAUGUAUAUAUAUAGAAAGUGUCAUUUUCCUGAUAAUUAUGAAACUCCUAGUGUUGUCUCUGAAAGUUUCUUCCUUAAAAAAUAUACAUGUGAAGGGAUGAUUUGUUGAGAAGUGAUAAAUACCUCGGGAUGAAAUAUAUAAUGUGCUAAAAUGUACACGUUUUUAUAUUAAGGCAAAUAAAUAACUUUGAUGUUUUGUGAAA